AUGUUCCGUUCCAGGAAUCGUAAGCAAAAUAAAGUUUAUAAUAAAUGUAAACGAGAUGAAGGAAAAAAGUUGUUACAACGCUACAUGAAGCAUAAAAAUAAGGUUGCGGAUCAGUCGGGUGGAAUUGGCGGGUGGAAUAGUUCGGUGUUCAAAACAAGGUAAAAAAUUUAGUGGGAAAAAAGAGUUUUGUCACGGAAAAUGGACUGGAAAUGCAUUUCGUGAAAAAAAAAUAAAAAUAAAAAUUACUGUAGUACGCAACAGUGUUUGCACACACACAGAAAACGUUGCAACGCGUGGUCAAAAAAAUUUGAAUCGCGCCCGCGAUCGAUAAAAAUAACACCAUCAUCUGUGUUUUUGUUUUGUGAUGCAAUCAAGCUAUUUCUAGCGGACUUCAUCAUUCUGACAAGGAGGAAAAAUCGGACAGAGGUAAAUGUUGGUUUUUCCAUCGAUUCAAAGUCGUUAUUCUCCUUGUGGCCAUUGUAUUUUAUUCGCUUCUUGGUGGAUUAUUAUUCUGGCUCAUUGAAAGAAGCAACACUUUGAAGGAAAAAGAAAUUGAGGUAAUUAUUUUCUGUAAUAUAUUCACUUACAUCAAUCAAAAAUGAAUUGAUUUCAGGAGAAACGAGGUGAAAUCGUAGAAGUAGUAAAACACUUCACAAAAUGUUUGUAUGAUCCUCGAAUUAACAAUGGAAAUUGCAAAAGCCAAAUGAUUGACACAAUGUUAGCACGAGAAGGUGUUAAGAUUCAAAAUUCACAAAUGACUUAUUCCAAUGCCUUGUUCUAUUCCUUCACAAUUUUAACAACGAUUGGUGGGUUUUUGCAAAAAUAUUUAUGUGCUUAUAUUAUAUUUGAUUUUUCAAACAGGUUAUGGUCAUAUAACUUGCUAUACAAGUGUUGGAAAAAUAAUAACAGUCAUUUAUGGUAUUCUUGGCAUCCCGCUUAUGGUUUUUGUUCUUCGGAACAAUGGAAAAUAUAUGCUGAAAAUAUUGACAAAAAUUGAAAAAUGGGCAUAUGGGUAAGUAAUCAUUUUUUGUCUCUGUCCAACUAAAAUCUUAUGCAUUUUUUUUUUCAAAUUUCAGAGAGCAUUAUAGUAUUGGAAAUCCUUUGAUGAUGGUUUCAUUAAAAUCUGCAAUAUUUUAUAAUUGCUCAUUUUGGCUGUUGAGUUCUUUACUCAUGGUGAAUUUUGAGAAAUUCACAGUGUUGGAUUCGUUUUAUUUUUCGUUUUCUACAUUUUCAACUGUUGGUUUUGGCGAUAUGACUCCGAAUCUUCUAGGAACUGAAUUUAGUGAGUUUUUGAAUUUAAUUUAUUUUCGAAACUAUCAAUAUUGAUUUUUCAGUGGUUAUAUUUGCACAUUUCAUGUCAUUAUCUUUGAUUUCAAUGGGAUUCGAGAUUUUGCAAGUUCGAAAAGAGGCAAAAUAUAUGGUGGCUCUUGAAUGGAUUGAUGAAGAAUUUGAGAAACAAAGUCGUCCUAAUUCAAAAGUUGAUCAGCCGACGAAUACAACAACAACAUCAACUGGAAAAACGCCAAGCAGUUAGUUUUUUUUUUCAAAAAAUUUCAAAACUUUUCCUGGAAAUUUUUAGCAGCAUCUACUGGGAAAACAGCACAAGUCAAGAAAAGUGUAUGA